AUGAUCCGUCUGGAGCCGGAUGAGGAUGAGACCGAGGUGCCUCCGGAGCACCGAUUCUACUAUCUUCGCCUUAUGGCUAAGCCCGGGCGCACGGCGCCUGAGCCGAUUCGAACUAAAUUCGUGCGAUGGAGCGAGCCGGAAGCGGGUGUUAAAGGACCGUCGGGAUCUGAUGAUCCGACACUUGAGAGCCAAGCGAUGCGGGUGGUGCGGACGAUCGGCCAAGCUUUUGAAGUUUGCCAUAAGAAUGCACAAGAUCAGCUGGCCGAACGUCACGAGGAUGAUCCGACCAAGCGUUCUUUGAUCUCUGAGGAAGAAGUCGCUACCGGUCUCGACGCCAUCGGCGAAGAAAAGACCGAAGCCGACAACUCUGACGACGAUGAGAACCCUCUCAAGAAAAUCAUGGAAGAUCGUGAAUCCGAGAGCCCGAUGGAACCCCCAAUCGGUCCACUCUACGGCAAACGGAUUAGCAUGUAUCAUUCGCGCAAAACCUCUGAUGCCUCAAGUUCUGCGGGUACAGCCAUCGACAUGACGCUACUACCGGGCCCAUCCAACCAACCACAACCGUGUUUGAGCCCUGUAGAAGAGACCAGCGACAGUCAUCCACUUCCGAACCCUCUUCAAGUCCCCCAAUCUUCCGUUUCGAACCCGCUUCGUCCACCCCACAAUCCCCAACCAUCGACUAGUCAAAUCCCGCCCCCACCCCAGGGAUAUCCACCUAUGGCAUAUCCCUCUAUGUAUCCAGGUGGUUCAGCAACACUUCCCCAUUCGAGUUCAAUGCCCGGCCAAUGGCCACCUAUGAAUCAAUACCCAUCCGUUCCGCAAGAGCUUCAAAAUCCGAAUCCGGGAAAUGUACCGUUUUAUCCGAUGUCUUAUGUGCCGCCUUCAUCCUCAAUGCCAUUCGGCCUAUCAUCCCCCGUCAUGGUAUCCCCCUACGCGACACUCCAACUCCCACAGAUGGCGGUAGAUCCUAAUAAUCCUGACCAGGCCGCUCAAUGGAGCCGUAGCCUUGACCAAUAUAAUCAGCAGCUCAUCCGAUCCCAGCUCGACCAGGCCCAGCAAACAGCACAAGUGGCUGGCUGCCAAGUGCAGCUUCUGCGCGAUCAGCUGACUUCGGAGACGACCGCUAGGCUUGAGGCACAGUCGCGAACUCAUCAACUCCUAAAUGCCAAUCGUGAACUGCUCGAACAAGUCCAAACCCUGGUGCAACGACUCCAACAUCUUGAGACAAAGAUCACCACCGAGAUCCAACAAAAUACGGCCGCUCCGGCUAGUGGCUCUUCUACGCUACCUCGGACUUCUGCUCCGCCGAUUGGGCAAUACAGCUCCGGAGCUUUUGAAGCUCGCGUUCCAUCUGGCCAAGCAGUUCAUCCAGCUUUCAAGAAUAUCACGACCGAAGCACGAUCUGGAUCUUUACCUCCACAAAAAUUGGACCAAAAACCCAGACGGCAACCUGUCGAAGAUUUUGGCGAGCUUCGUGGUGCGAUCGAAAGCACGAAUGAUGAUACCACCGACUAUUCAAGCAGUGACUACGAAAAGGUCACAGCCCAAAAAACUGGUCCCUUUAUGAACGUCUUAAUGACGAAUCCAAUGGCUGCAUACCCACAACAUCUGGUGAUGACGCAGGCGGGAACACAAUCUGCACUCCGAUCCUUGAUGGAUAGGGUGGUAGAUGAUGGCCAGAUGCCAGGCCCUUCUUCCACUCCACCAAAGAAGAAGGCCGCUACUGGCGUGUUUGGAAAUAAGGAAUUCUCACGAAUGAGUUUUAAUGCAAAGCUUAGGGAGCGUAGAGAGAAUCCGGAUGAGACGUUAGAAGAGGAAGAAGAUAAGGAAAGAUCACCCGAAAGGAAAGAACGUGACAGACCGAUAGAGCGAAAGAAGGACAAGGUCACCGUUGAUUCUCUAUUCAAGAAUUCACCUGAAGAAAGCCCAAAUCGAGAAUUGACAAGAAGAGAUACGACGGCCUCAGGUACCGGACUACCUUCACACAAGAUCGAACAAAUAUUGGCAAGCGAUAACCUCGUGACUGCCAUGUAUCCACCCAUCCGAAAACCCGUAACGGCAAUCAAUGUGGCUAGGCCCAAAUUCGAGGUUGUGAAGAAGAAGCAAUUGAGGGCACUAUCGAUGGACAUGCCCGAAGGAGAGGCCCUCGAGCUCAGUAACCGGCUCGAGCCAAAGAUCUCUGGGCCUGAUCAGGGGAAUUCGUACCUCGGAAACAGAAGCUCUCCACCGACAAGAAAGAAGAACCUUGAAUUCAAUUAUACACCCGAGGAUCGAUUCAACCGUAAUAUACUUGCCGCUCCCUCAUCCGAAUCCCAAAAACCAUAUCCAUCAAUGCCAAACAGAAAUCUAAACGCUAAAAUGCCAAACGGACAACCUCCCCAUUUC